CCUGGAAAACCCAUUCCACUUUAGUUCCGUUUCCACUUCGGCACCAAACACUCGAUUUUGUGCCUGCUCCAGGGUUAAUAACUAUUCUCAAAAAAAAAGGGUUAAAAGAGCACAAGUUCCGGAAAACCUAAACCAAGUCAAGAUGUGUGGUGGCUGGGCCUGCGCCUCCUACAACAUUGCCUGUUGCAAUCCCCGCCUGUCGACUCUGCGAUUCUCUGGCCGCUGUUUCGCACCCACGCCCUGCGGCCCAUGUGAUGACUGCUCCAUUUACGGCGGUUGCUGCGGUGGCUGCUGCGGGUGCUAGGUGAACUCUGA